CGCCGCCCCCCGCAGACUCUAUGGCCCAGUUUCCGGCGGAAGUAAAUAGAUUGUCUCGCAGGCGUUUCUAUGACAGUGAAAGUCUAUCUGUCCUGUCAUCUCGCUGCUCCGGAGUCCCGGAAGCGAGAGUGAGAAGGAAUGGCGGAGAGUCCGGCGGCUGAGGCGAUUUUUCUGCAGGGGGCGGUCGGGGGUGGGAUGGUCUCCCACCUUAGCGGCCUCCAGCCCCCCGGUACCUCGCACCUGGCUACUUCAUCCGUGUGGGAUCCCACAGCCAGUGCUGACUGGGACAACGAGAGGGCGUCAGCGCAGUGUGUACUGCGGAUCAAGCGGGAUAUUAUGUCAAUUUAUAAAGAGCCGCCUCCUGGGAUGUUUGUGGUGCCAGAUCCUCAUGACAUGACAAAGAUCCAUGCUCUAAUCACAGGUCCGUUUGAUACACCUUAUGAAGGGGGCUUCUUCCUGUUCUUGUUCCGGUGUCCCCCAGAUUAUCCAAUUCACCCACCUAGAGUUAAACUGAUGACAACCGGCAACAAUACUGUGAGGUUUAACCCCAAUUUCUAUCGUAAUGGCAAAGUCUGCUUGAGUAUUCUUGGUACAUGGACAGGACCUGCAUGGAGCCCAGCUCAGAGCUUGUCUUCAGUACUCAUCUCUAUUCAGUCCUUGAUGACUGAAAACCCUUAUCACAAUGAGCCUGGAUUUGAGCAGGAAAGACAUUCAGGAGACAGCAAGAACUACAAUGAGUGCAUUCGUCAUGAGACUAUAAGGGUGGCAGUAUGUGAAAUGCUGGAGGGAAAGUGCCAGUGUCCUGAGGCCUUACGGAGUGUAAUGGAAAAAUCCUUCUUGGAAUACUAUGACUUUUAUGAAGUGGUUUGCAAGGACAGGUUUCAUUUACAGGGACAAAGCAUGCAGGACCCAUUUGGUGAAAAGCGAGGACACUUUGACUACCAGUCUCUUCUCAGUCGUCUGCAGCUUAUCCAUAUGAGAGUGCGGGAAAAACAUCGGCGUGAAAAUGUUGAUAUAGACUCUGACUCCAGUUCUUCUGAGACAGACAUGGACACACAAGGGAGUUCAAACCCGUAAGGUAUGGGAAUGUAGUCCCAGCAGUUCUGCUGGAUAAUAUGACUUUGUUGAGCACAAAGCCACUUAUGCUUUUGGCGGCUGUUUGGAAGCAGAGUUGGUCUAUCGCUCUGCCAGCGCUAAGGAAAGACGACCUGUGGUCAGUUCAUGGAGCCUGGAUCAGACAAGAAGGCAGCAGUUUCACUAAUCCUUAUGUUCUUUUGUGAAACGGUCAGACAAGCCAAAGAGUUGAGUUCCAGGCAAACCAAGCCCAGCCGCAGGAUUACCACAUGACAGAUGCCAUGAGCCAUCAUCAUUUUAUUUCUUCACCCCUACAAAACCAGCACUUUGUCUUUUACCUGACGGGUUGUGUCCUUAUAUCUGCUAUUACCUAUAGCUUUCCUACAGGAAUAAAGCAAGGUUCUAUGUCCUUUUUUUUUUUUUCCUAAUUCUUUGUUUUUGUAAAGUCUAUUUGUUCUUGCUAUAAAUCCGGGUAAGUAAUGUAAAAUGUUACUUUACUUAAAACUUAAGAUUUCAUUACGGCCCAUUCAUAUCUAUUUAUGUUGCGAUUUUAAUGGGAAGGAUAAGACUUUAGUGCAAUAGGUGGAAAAUCUUUGUGGCCAACUUGUAAUUUACCAGCAAGAAUCAUAAAUGUCUAAUAAUAUUAUUAAUAAUAAUAAUAAUAAUGAGCUGUAGACACCUAUAAAUGCCUUAGAAAAACUGCUGCAGGCAUCAUGACCCAGUUGGCUUGUGUCAAUAAUUGUUGUGCUUAUUCUUGAUAAUUCCACCAAUACUUUACAAAAAUGUUUAGAUCGUUGCUUCCAUAGAGCUUCAUAAUACAGAGGUUGCAUAAGCCUUCGUACAGCAGAUUUUUCGUGUGGUUGUUGCAGAUCUCCAACAGAACGAUGAUGUUUUAUUAGACUCUGUUAUAUGGCGUAUGAUCGCUCUUGUGUCCGAUCACAUCAAGUCAAGUGCCUAGUGAGUGUUCUACACACAGCUGUACACCAGAGCCUGAUGAGGAUCCUAGUCGGCUUCCAGAAAUGACCGUGGAAAGAAGUCUGUAGUCAUGUGGAAACUCCACUUAAAGGGGUACUCCGCCCUUAGAUAUGUUAUGACGUAUCCAAAGGAUAGGGGAUAAGAUGUCUGAUCGCUGGGCAUGGCCACGCUACUUGUGAUAUCAAGCUACCUCAAUGCAAAUCUAU